AUUGAAUUGAAGUGAAUGUAAAUAAAAGCACCGAUUGUUUGAAACAUUGGUUUAAUAUUACUGUAAUUGUAUUACAAUUGUUGUAUUCAUUUGAUUGCCAUUCAGUCCAACACUUUGUCCCCAAAAUGUCCGACAAAUUAAAAUUACUUCAACUCAACGACGAUGAAGUGAUGAGAAGAAAGCUAUUACUGGACGGCGACGGCGUUGGAGACGACCGCCGACUGACCAUCGGUUUGAAGCAAUUCAUCAAAUGGUGUCUUACGGACGACGAGACUCCCGAUGAAAGAGUAUUGAAUUACGAGAAGAUAUUAUUGACGUUAAGUCAAUGCGAGCUUUCGAUGACUAAAUCGGAACAAACACUUCGUAUGAUAUCUCAAGAGAUGGAAAAUUACGAGAAUCUGUACAAAAAGAUCGACAAAUCGAUUACCGAUUGCCAGCAAAAGCUCAUCAAAUGCAAGGAAGAGCUGAUGGAAGCGAAGAGAGUCCGCAAAAACAAAUGCGAAUACGAAUCGAUGGCAACCGUUAUUAACAGACAUUCCGAUCGUUUGGAAACAAUGAAUAGACUGCAAGAACUGGAAGACGAGAUCAAACGAUUGCAACAAACGAAGAAUGAUAUACAGAAUAAGUUGGAAAAGAGACGCAAACAGUUUCAGGUCCUCUUAGGAGCCGCACAUCAAUUGAAUCAAAUCCUUAACGAAGAAGAAUCGGUCGAAUCGAAUGACAUGAUUGCUGUGGCGGACGGAUCCGACAAAAUGGACACAAACUGA